AAUGACUAAUGUCACCUCGCUCUUUUAACUCACGUUGCAUAUGUGAGGUAUUUUACAAAAUUUGAGAAAAGUUUAUUUAGUGUUAUUAUAUAAGGGAAAACAAUCAAAAUGAGUAGAUUUUUCGCUGGAUCCGAUUCAGAUUCGGAUAGUUCAUCCGAAGAAGAGAUUAUCCAACGUCCCCAAGUACCAGCUUAUACUUUCAGUGACGAUGAGGAAGAGGUAAAACGUGUCGUAAGAUCGGCAAAAGAAAAACGCUAUGAAGAACUUACAAAUACUAUUAAACAAAUCAGAAAUUAUAAGAAAAUUAAGGAUAUGUCUAGCAUGUUGAAUAGUUUUGAAGAAUUGCAAAAGGCAUACCAAAAAGCUGCUCCUGUUAUUAUUAAAGAAGAAAAUGGUCAGACUCCAAGAUUUUUUAUUAGGUGUUUGGCUGAAAUGGAAGAUUUUAUUAAUGAAAUGUGGGAAGAUCGAGAUGGAAGGAAAAACAUGAGCAAAAAUAAUAGCAAAUCACUCACAUCUAUGAGACAGAAGUUAAGAAAAUAUUUGAAAGAUUUUGAAGAUGACUUACCUAAAUUUAGGGAAAACCCAGAACAGCCUGAUGAUGAGGAAGAAGAGGAAAAGCCUGAAGUAGCCGAGGAUUCAGAAAACGAAGCUCCAUCCAAAAACGCGUUUCUCAAAGCUCCACCCAAACAAGUUAUAGACGACAAAGAUGAAUUGUCAGACUCAGAUGAUUGGCCAUCUGACUCUGAAUCCAGUCUAUCAUCAUCUGACGACGACGAAGGUAAAUACCAGAGCAUAAGGGAACGUUUCUUAAAGAGAACUGGACCCGCUCACGAAGAAGAUGAAGAUAGAGAAAGGAGGAAGGAGGAGAAAAGGAAGGAGAGAAAGGAGAAAGGCAGGAAGUUAAAAAAGGAUGAGGAGGAGGAUGGUGAAGGCAAGUGGGAGACUGUUAAUAGAGGUUUCGCUAUCCCCAGUGAAAAACCGAAAAUGUUCGCUAAGGACGCCGAAAUCGAUCUUAACCUCGUAAUCAAGAAACUCAGCGAAAUCAUGGCAGCCAGAGGCAAAAAGCGAACAGAUAGACGCGAACAAAUAGAACUCCUGCACGAACUACAAAACGUUUCAGAGCAGCACCAGCUGGGAGCGGCUAUUUUCAUUAAAAUCAAACUCGCCAUCAUAUCAGCCAUUUUUGAUUACAAUCCCAAAGUUUCUGACGCAAUGAAACCAGAGUAUUGGCUGAAAUUGUUGGAGAGGAUGAGCGAAAUGUUGGGCAUGUUGUUGAAUACUACUAAUCUAGUAGUUUCUGACGGCAUUACCGAGGAAAUGGAAAAUCUUGAAGAACCUCCAUAUCGUAUUAGGGGUUGCAUACUAACAUCAGUGGAAAGACUGGAUGACGAAUUCACUAAACUACUCAAAGAAUGUGAUCCUCAUAGUAACGAGUAUGUAGAACGAUUAAAGGAUGAAUGUAAGGUUUCUAGUAUCAUUGACAAAACAAUGAAGUACUUGGAAAGGAGUAACAUAUCUUCUGAACUAUGCAGGAUAUAUUUACGAAAAAUUGAGCAUUUGUACUACAAAUUCGAUCCCAGAGUAUUACAGCAAAAGGCUGCUGAUCCUCUCGUACCAAAAGACGAGAUAAACUCCGUGCAGGAAAUGGAGAAACUAUGCAAGUUCAUCUAUGCAAAAGACAGUACUGACAGAUUAAGAACUAGAGCCAUUUUGUCCCAUAUAUACCAUCACGCUCUGCAUGACAACUGGUUCCAAGCUAGGGACUUGGUAUUGAUGUCACAUUUACAAGAGACCAUCCAGCAUUCUGAUCCAAGCACUCAGAUUUUGUAUAACCGGACGAUGGCGCAUUUGGGAUUGUGUGCGUUCAGACAUGCCAACAUUAAAGAUGCCCAUAACUGUUUAGUGGAUUUGAUGAUGACAGGAAAGCCUAAGGAGUUACUGGCACAAGGCUUGCUUCCACAAAGACAACACGAACGUAGCAAAGAACAAGAGAAAAUCGAGAAACAGCGUCAAAUGCCGUUCCACAUGCACAUCAAUCUAGAACUCUUAGAAUGUGUGUACUUAGUCUCCGCCAUGUUGAUCGAAAUCCCAUAUAUGGCUGCGCACGAAUUCGACGCCAGGCGCAGGAUGAUAUCGAAGACAUUCUAUCAGCAGUUGCGUUCUUCCGAACGUCAAAGCUUAGUAGGACCUCCAGAAAGCAUGCGAGAGCACGUCGUUGCGGCGGCGAAAGCCAUGAGGAACGGCAAUUGGGCAGCGUGUAACACUUUUAUCAUUAACGACAAGAUGAACGCCAAAGUGUGGGAUUUGUUCUACCAAGCCGACCAAGUUAGAUCCAUGUUAACGAAAUUGAUAAAAGAAGAGUCUUUGAGGACGUAUUUGUUUACUUAUUCGCACGUUUACGACUCGAUUUCGAUGGCAACUUUGGCGGAAAUGUUCCAGUUGGGCAAACCUGUUGUACAUUCUAUUAUUUCAAAGAUGAUCAUCAAUGAAGAAUUGAUGGCAUCUUUAGACGAUCCUACUCAAACUGUCGUAAUGCACAGAAGCGAACCGUCCCGUCUACAAUCUUUGGCUUUGCAAUUGGCGGAUAAGAUCAAUAAUUUCGUCGAUUCCAACGAAAGAAUAUUGGAAUCCAAACAAGGAAACUUCUUCCUAAGAGGAGCAAACCAGGGCAAUUUCCGAGGAGAUAGACAGAACUACCGUGGAAAUAACCAGAACUGGGAUAGGCAACGUCGUGACAGGGAUAGAAAAGAAAAAGAUAAUUAUUAAUAAACAUAAAUCUUUUGUAUUUCUUUUUAUGGCUUUGUUACGGUUGCCUGUAAUUAAAAAAAUUAUUAU